AGGUGUAAUAUGAGAUGAAUUGAUAAAGAAUCUAUUCCAAAAUUCUUGCUUCGAAAGUUAACUUUUUUUCGGUUCCUAGUUUCGUGUGGAAGUAUUUGCUUACAAAUUGUGUAUAGGAAUUUCUUUUGUGUUUUAUUAUACUCUGUAAGCAAAGGGCUUUCUUCUUCGAAGGGUAUUUCUGUAUUGUUGUUCGAUCCUUCACGUUUGCGAUCCCAAAUUAAAUAAAAGCACUUUUCUUGUUUUCGGGGGUUUCUGCGUUUUUUUUUUCUAUGGAAAGGUUAAGUGCUGAUACGAUCUUGGAAAUAUCGAGCGAUGGAUUUUAAAGGUAUAACCUGGGCAGGGAACAUAUACGAGAAGUUUGAAGCUAUGUGUUUGGAAGUCGAAGAAGUUAUGUAUGAGGACACGGUGAAAUAUGUGGAAAAUCAAGUGCAGAAAGUCGGUGUAAGCGUAAAGAAGUUCUAUUCAGAAGUAAUGCAAGAUUUGGUUCCUCCGUCUUGUGUUGAUCCCGGUAAAGUACCCGCCGCUGCUGAUGUGGCACUGAAAACGUACGAUGACGUCAUCAGUAAGAAGCCGAAACUGAGCUUAUCAGACAACCGUGUCAGUCUCAAGAAAAAAGGAGAUGUUUCCGAUUUCAGUAACGAUACUUAUCUGCUACCACCUAAAGUAGUGGUCGAGAAUACGCGCUCCGACUCGUGUUCGACGAAGAGUAAGAAAUUGGGAGCGUGCAGACGACCCAUUGGCAUCAAAAGAAUUUCUCAGAACAGUCAACCUCCGAAAGUAACACGAGACAGAAUCGGCGAAACGAACGCAACAAAAUCCUCGGAAACCGUGGAAGAUAGUGCUGCGCCUGUUUCUGUUCCGGACAAAAUAAUAUGUUUAUCUGCUGAAGAAACAACUGUGAGGCAAGAAGAGAAAACCACCGAUUCUGAGUGCGCCUCUGAAAUUUCGUCUUUGGUGAACAAGAAAGAGGAUUACAUGGAAAACUCGGCCACUCUUAGCUUGCCGAACGAACCUAUUGGUGUAUUAGCCGAAGGCGUUUCGUGUUCUAAGUCGAGCUCGUGUUUGACGAGUAAUACAUGUGAUGUUGAGUCUGUGUGCAAGCAGGAUGUUACGACUUCUUAUGAAGAUGAAUUCAGGCAAAACGAUUUGUUUUCUCAAAAAAAUUCAAAUAUUGGCAGCGAUUCGUGCGAUGUUGAGGCCGUAAACGAGGAGGUUAUCGCAUCUUAUGAAGAAGAUGUUUUAGAUAACUUCGACAUGGAGGUUAUUGAGAAUGAGGAAAUUGUUGGUCAAAGACCGGAAACCUUUGACCCAGUCGGAAAGUCAAAGUUGGAGGAUACGUGUAUCUUGGUGGAAGGGGACAAUCUCCAUUUCGUUUCUCAAACAUCGCAUAAACCCGAAAACCUGAAACCCGAAACCUUUGACCCAGUCGAAAAGUCAAAGUUGGAGGAAACGUGUAUCUUGGUGGAUGGGGACAAUCUCCAUUUCGUUUCUCAAACAUCGCAUAAACACAAGUCAUACAAGAAAAAGAUACGCGAUGCUCUUUCAUCGAAACUAAGACCAACAAAGAAGCAACAUCAAUUACUUUAUGAUUAUAAAGAUUUAGGCGGGAAAAAUAAAACGGAGGCAAUUGUUCCAGCUCAUAUGGUGGAUCCCGAUAAAAGAAAAUUGCCAGCUGGCGAUUCUCUUGAAUCUGAUUGGGAGCUUCUCUGAUUGUAUAAUUUUCAAUACCCCCCUAUUCGCAAUAAUGGCUCAAAAAUAUUUCCGUCGGUCAAAAUAUUAUAGUAAAAUAUAAAUAAGUAGGGAUGAAAGCAUUGCUCUCUGAUUAGUGUUUUUCGUCAAAUCCAUAACGUAAUAUACGCAUAAGCUUUUUAUUACAUGUUUAAAAGGGCUGAUGAUGUCCUGUAAAAAUAUCGGUGUUUCUGUAUGUAUAUAUGAAUGAUCACUCUCGUGUAUAAAUGUGCAAUUGAGCAAGUCCCUUGUUUUAAGGUUACUUUA